AUGACCGCAACUCCUGCUCCAGUAACUUCAAACGAACACGAUUCUCGUUUGUUUCAUAAUACAAGGAAUAGGAUCGCGUCGUUGUCAAGUAAAAAUAAAGAGAUUCUUGACCAAAUCAGCCAGCUUCACCAAUCUCAUUCUCAAGCUUUAUCAGUUAUUAAUAGUCAAUUGGACAUUCCACAUAGUACUACUGGUACUAUACAAGAUAUUGAUAACCUUGUUAAUAAUUUAAAUUCAACUUCGAGGCAGAGACGUAGCAACAGUUUUCAACAACAACAACAAUUGAUCACAUCUAUUCGACCUGAAUCAUCUGUAACUAAUAAAAAUGCUGUUGAUGUGAUGGAGGUUGAAAAAGAUAACGAAAUAAAUGAAACGACUGGAUCAAUUGAUGACUCCUUAUCGUUUAUGGGACGUUCGUCAAAAAUUUCAAUCGCAAAUCGUAACUCUAAAGAUUCUAUUAGAAUGGACAAUUUAUCCCCUAAUGCUAAUAAUGUAGGAGAGUUGGAUUGGAAAUAUCUUUCAGCUGAACAUAAUUCUGAUUCUGAAAAUGCUAAUGAAAUCUCUGGUAGUGUGGAUGAUAAAGAAUUUAAAAUUAAUGACGAUUUAUCUAAUCGACGUAUAAAUCCUUUACGUGUACCACGUCAUAGUUCUGCUGAACUUUAUAAGGGUAGUAGUAUAAUAGAGAAACGUGGUAGACCUGUUAGUAUGACUUUUUCUUCAAUGGAUGAAGUUAUUGAAGAAGAAAGAGGUUCUUUAUCGGACAUUGCUGAGCAAGAAGCCGCUAAUGUAAGAACAUCUGAUAAUGGCGUUCGUACACGAAAUAAACUACUGGCUAGGAAAAAACGUUCACAAAAAUAUACUGACGAUUAUAAUGAGAAAAAUAAUGUCUCAAGAACAAAUAAUCGACAAGCGGAUGAUUCUUAUUCUGUAAAUGAUAUUCAUGAUGAUAACAGCAGUAUUAUAUCAAAUGAAUCUUUUAUUGAUGAACUUAAUGCAUUGCGUUCACGUAUUCAAAAAUUGGAAUCCGUACGUGGUAAUGUUGAUGAUGACUUAACUUCAGAAAAACGAUCCCGGAAAAAGAAAAAUUCUUCGGAUCAAGUUAUAUCACCAUCAGCAACAUCACCUGUUAGUUCGCAAGGUGGUGCAAGUUCUACGAAUACAGGUACCUCUCGGCGUACCUUGACCACAGUUCAACAUAAUAAACAUUUAGAAAGUGCUUUUGAAUUUUUUGAAAAAGCAUUCACAAAUUCGGAUCAGUCCACUAAUGAUACUUCACCUCCUCCAUCUCACUCGAUGGCAAUGGUUGUAUCGACUGCUCUUUAUCUUAACUCAAAUCUACGUAAUGUUAUUUCUCAAAUGGAAACUGGAGGUCAACCUUCAGAAAAAUACAUGAAGAUUUUAUUAAAAACUAGUGACGAACAGAUUCGAAGUUUAACUGAAUGUUUAUUAGCCUUGGCUCCCCUUGCUCAAACAAAGGCUCCUGCAAAGAAAGAUUCAUAUAAUUCCCUUUUACAAAUGCCUACUACUUCAACACGUCCAAUUUCUCCCAAUCAAAGAAUAUCAUCUGCUCCUACUUCAGAAGUGAACCAUCAUGAAAUACGGAGAAUUUCUCCAACUCCUCCAACAGAUCAAUCAUCACCACCCACUUAUUAUACUACUCAACGUCCAUCUAUAUAUAAUCGUAUGUCUAGACCUCCUUCACCGGGUUUGCCACCAGAAAAUUAUGAUCCUCAAUUUACUCAGGUUCCUUCUACACGUGCUGCUGAUUAUCGAGAAAGACGCAACCGGCGUUAUUCUGGUAGUACAUACGGCGGUUCUUAUUCUGGUCCAUUCCCACCACCUUCAUCAUCACCUUCUCCUCCUCCAGUUCAACCUUCACAUUAUGAACAAUCUAAUGGACGAACUUAUUUUGACCGAGAAACUCCUCGUUUACAAAGAUACCAAUCACUUAAUAAUAAUGUACCUUCUCUUAAUAAUACCCCAUUGUAUCAAAGACCUCAAUCUCGUCCUGCGUCCAUUAUACGUACUGAAGAUUCAUCUUAUACUACUGGUCAUAUGCGUAGUUCUUCUAAUUCAUCAUUAUAUCGUUCUUCAUCUGGACGGUCAUAUGUACAACGUGAUGAGUUCGUCAAUAGUCCAGUUUCUACUUCGCGACAAUCACGUACGUACGAUUACACUCGUCGAUAUCAAUCAGAAAAUGGUCAAUCUCAAAUUGACAGACGUCAGGUGCCCAUUUCUGAAAUGGAUCGAAAAUAUGGAAGACGAACCGGUGGGAAUUAUGAGCCCGAUGAGGUCUUUGAUAGUCAUAGUGGUUAUGGUGAUCAUGUUUCUGACAAAAACUAUACUUUAAGAGAAGAAAAGUCUGUAUUAAGAAGAGAUGAUAAUACUGAUAUUAUUCAUAAGCAAAGAUUGGCUCCUCAACCAGAUGAACAAACUCAUAAUGAUAGUGUGGAAAGGAGAGUAGAAAGUCGUAAUGAAGGUCAAGAUGAAACUAGUAAUGAUGGCGGUCAAGAAGGUCGUCAGGCUAAUAGUACAAAUAAUAAUAAUGUGGUUGAAAAUGGAGGAUAUAUAUGA